GGUCGGUGUUUGUUUGCCAGUGGGAGUCCGUUUGCUGCUGUAACUCUGGAUGAUGGCAGGAUGGUGAUUCUGGGACAGGGGAACAAUGCUUACAUAUUCCCAGGUGUGGCUCUGGCAGUAAUUCUGAGUGGUGUUAGACACAUCAGUGAUACGGUGUUCCUCGAGGCUGCUAAGAUCUUAGCAGAGCAGUUGACGGAUGAGGAACUGAAUCAGAAUCAGGGUCGUCUCUACCCUCCUCUUUCCAACAUUAGGGAGGUUUCUUUACAGAUGGCUGUGAAGGUGGUGGAGUUUCUGUAUAGUAAAGGAAUGGCAUUUUGGUACCCAGAGCCACUGGAUAAGGAGGCGUAUGUGAGAUCCAUUGUGUGGAACACGGAGUACGAUUCCUUCCUCCCAGACAUCUACGAACGGGCUGGAGUGUUUCAUAGUCCUAUAGUGGAGUAAUCAUACACCCUAUAGCAUACACCUGAAACAGUCACACCCUUCAUUUACAGCUGUGUAAUGUUUAACUAUCACACAUCCCCAUGGGGAGUGAUUCCUAAACUCCUUCUGCUAAUGUAAAUGUACAGUGUUGCUAUUAAUAAAACACUCCACGUGUG